AUGGCUGACUACCCCUACUCAUCAAAUUUCUUCCCAGGUCUCUUCAAAUUCAACCCUCUUUAUCAACAUCACCAUGAACAGCCUCCAAACCCUCCUCCUCCUCCUCCUCCUCAUCCUUAUGCCCACAACUUUUUCCUCAACCAGUCUCACUCUUUUUACUGCACCACCCAACAAACUGUUACCUCUAGGCCCCCUUCCCCUCCUCUCAGAGAAGCCCUCCCUCUCCUCAGCCGCUUAAGCCCAACAAACCAACAACAACAUCAUCUCCUUCAUGAAAAUCAACAAGAUCAUCAUCAGUAUAAAGAUCAAGAUGAGGAAGAAGAAGACGAUGAUGAUGAGAGUGUGACUGUUGCACUUCACAUAGGGUUGCCUAGCCCUAGUGCUGCUGAGAUGGCCUCUGUGCUGUCUGCUGCUGCAGUUGCUUCUUCCUCCUCAGAGAUUAGUACUCAUCAUCACGAAAAAUUAGAUCAUGGGGGAGAUAAUGAUUCUGCAGGGUACCCCAUGAGCUGCAGGCUCAACAAGGGUCAGUAUUGGAUCCCCACCCCUUCCCAGAUUCUCAUUGGUCCUACUCAGUUCUCUUGCCCUGUUUGCUACAAGACCUUCAACAGAUACAACAACAUGCAGAUGCAUAUGUGGGGGCAUGGAUCUCAGUAUAGAAAAGGGCCUGAAUCUCUGAGGGGCACUCAACCAACAGGCAUGCUUAGGCUUCCUUGCUAUUGUUGCACACCAGGUUGCAGGAACAACAUCGAUCACCCGAGAGCAAAGCCUCUAAAAGACUUCAGAACCCUUCAAACACAUUACAAGAGGAAGCACGGAAUCAAGCCUUUCAUGUGUAGAAAAUGUGGCAAGGCAUUUGCAGUGAGGGGGGAUUGGAGAACCCAUGAGAAGAAUUGUGGGAAGCUUUGGUAUUGCAUUUGUGGCUCUGAUUUUAAGCACAAGAGGUCUCUUAAAGAUCAUAUCAAGGCCUUUGGGAAUGGGCAUGCAGCUUAUGGCAUUGACGGCUUUGAAGAAGAAGAUGAUCCUGCUUCCGAAGUAGAGCAAGAUAAUGAGUCCAUGCAGUAA